AUCUUAACCGUCUCCACCGCCUAACCAAACCAACCCGGCCUGAAAAAAACAGUGAAACCAGUGACUAUUUAACAGACACCACUUAUUCCUCCUCCGUGACUAUUGCGCAUGCGUCGUAGCAAGAAUCUCGGAAGCAGCACAGCGGCGCUCACACAGCCUGACUGCCUGACCGACGCUGAAUGAGAACACACUGAUUUCGACUUGAAAAUGAUGAAAUUUCUGCCCAAACUUCUGUUGCUGGUGUUGUUAGCCUUCCCGGCGACUCUCCUUAUCAAAGAGCCGGCGGUAGGUGCCCAGGAUUUGACUGAGGAUGAAGAGGCUGAGGCUGUGGAUGAAGAUGUUGUGGAAGAUGUGAAUGAGGAGGAUGAUGAGGCAGAAGUGGAAGAUGAUGAAAACGCAGAAUUGACAGAGGAGAAAGAAGAUGAAGAGGAGGAAGCGUUGGUCGGAGAGGUGAAGGCUUCCCCGAACGCUGACACCACCAUCCUGUUUGUCAAAGGAGAAGACUUCCCAGCCAACAACAUCGUCAAGUUCCUGCUCGGCUUCACCAACAAAGGCUCCGAGAACUUCAUUGUUGAGUCUCUGGAUGCUUCUUUCCGUUACCCACAGGAUUACCAGUUCUACAUCCAGAACUUCACCGCUCUCCAGCUUGGCACCGUGGUUCCUCCCAGCAGACAGGCCACCUUCGAGUACUCCUUCAUUCCCGCAGAGCCGAUGGGUGGGCGGCCGUUCGGACUCGUCAUCAACCUCAACUACAAGGACAGCAGUGGAAAUAUUUUCCAGGAUGCUGUGUUCAACCAGACCGUCACCAUCACUGAGAAAGAGGACGGGCUGGAUGGAGAGACGAUCUUCAUGUACGUCUUCCUGUCAGGCCUCGGGCUGCUUGUGAUUGUAGGCCUUCACCAGCUGCUGGAGUCCAGAAAGAGGAGGCGCCCGGCUCCAAAGGUGGAAACGGGAACGUCGAGCCACAACGACGUCGACCUGAGCUGGAUCCCCGCGGAAACGCUGAACCAGAUCAUGCAGAGUCGCAGAGACAAAGCAUCUCCAAAAAGAUCUCCUCGCAAAAGGAACCAGAAACGCUCGGCUGGCUCCGACGAGUGACGUCGCUCCCACAAAAUUUCACCCACCCGUGGAGGAGGAGGUGGAGGAGGAGGCGGGCUGAGACCUCCACCCUGAGCGCGCUCUGCCCUCUGCUGAGGAACUUUAACCAGUGCCAAGCACAGCAACAGCUGGCUCAGCUUAAAAACUGUUGAAUACACAUGUGCACACACAACAUGACGCAGCCCCCCUUUGUUUAACGAUUAGUUUUUGUGACACUGUCGCAGAGAGAAGUGGGAUCAUCAUCAAACAGGCAUGCUGGGACAUUUUUCUCUGAAGGUUGAUGGGUUUUCUUCAAAGAUCAUGUUUGUUUUUAAGCCUUAGUAAUACAACUGAUGACAUCAUCAUUGUGAGACAGUGUUGAUUGUUUUGUUUGAUUACCUCCCACACCGACGCAGGGCUGAAACAAACCGGGGAUUUUUUUUUCUCACUAAAAACAGCGGUUAGUUGCAGCCCUGCUCUGAUGGAGCUCCAGUAACAGAAGCAGUUCGUUUUCCAGUAUUUUUGUUUGUCUGCACAUUUUUGAUUUUGUAGGUAAAUGCGCUUCCUCUGCUCUGUUCCUGUUUCCUUUAUUCACACGUCACUCGUUUCCCUUCCACAGACGCUGACAGGUUAUUUGGUCUGAUCCUCUCAGCUGUCGGUGCCGUCCUUCUUUAAACUGUAGCGACUUUUUGAGUGUUUGUCUUUAUUUAGUGGAGAAGAUCAAAAACAGUAAAAUAUAGUUUAAAUCCACACAGAAAAGGGCUGCAGGAAUUCCGAUGGAUGACAGGAGUGUGAAGAUGCUGUUAUCCUGCUGAUGAAGGGUGAGAAAUGAGCUCAGCCACUCAUGAAUUUCUUAUUGUUGCUGCUGAAUAAUUUGACUCUGACAGCAAGUUCAAGAAAAAAAGCUCAAUUUGAUUUUAGUUUCCAAAAAUAUAAUAAUCUGUAGUGGCAGCCUGAAGGAGAAACAUGCAUGAAAGCCACUGUUUUUGUUUUGAUGUAAUGAGAUAAAAUUAAUGUCAGGCAUUAAAAUAUCUGCAUCAUAACGUUUCAUCAGGUCUGUGAGUGGGAAAUGAGUGUGUGUGAUCCUGUGGGCUCUCCCUGUCAGGUGAUUGGGUUUCAUCAGCACUGUCACGCUCAGAUGAUAACGGGUAAAGACUCCUCAUAACGAGCUGAACGGUUCGGGUUUCUCUCCACGUGUGCCUGUUUUUCUACCUUUUCCGUUUGUACGUUUUUAUUCACUUCUGGCCUCUCCUCGAGCGGCCUGCGCAGAUGGGAAAAUAAUUUGCCCCAUAGUGAAAAAUGUUGAAGCACUGGUGUAAAUACUGGCUGAUUUAUGCUGACCUGAGAGCAAAAUGACCGAGCUAAUUUAUUCAAAGAUAGGGCUGAAA